UUGUUUUUAUCUAACGUUAAACAGGCUAGCUGCAGCCAUAAAAUGAAGGUAGCAUAUGCCGUCUGAGGACAUAGCUUAUGUGGAAUGACGCCGGAAUCAAAAUGACAGCUAACUUAACUAAAUUGGAAGCAUCACUUAAAACGAAGUGAUAACAUGUUACUUCGACAGCUUAUCGUCAAUUACAAUAUUAUUUCUAUAUUUCUUAGGAAAGUCGGUAUGUGUAACAAAAUGCUUAAACUACAACGAUGUGCGGACAGACAGGCAAAAUGUAUAUCAUUCCGUGACAAGUUAUCCUAUUGUCCAGAGAAGACCCAAUUUACUAACAAAUAAUCGUGGCAUUUAAUGUGAAUGUGUUCACGCUAACCUCCUGUUGGUAGCGCUGUCAAAUUCUAUAGUCUUCUUUUCGCUAUCGCCGGUACUGCUCUUGCUAAUGCUCGUCUCCCGUUCAGCUGCAUCCGGCUUGCUUCCUUGUCAUACUGUAAGUCACGGUUGUGCAUUGCAGAAAUGCCCCUGCUUCCUGCAAACCAACCGCAGUUCAUCCGCGCAAGUCAGAAAGAUGAAUAUUACCAGAACUGUCUGCGGAACAAUGCCAACGAAGCAUUUCAAACGUUUGCAGGGUCCAAGAGAUGGCUGCAAUGGAGAAAAGAGAUCGAGUUAGUGUCAGACCUGGCCUAUUACGGUUUAACAACAUUUGCAGGGUACCAGACACUCGGGGAAGAGUACUGUAACAUCGUGCAGGUGGACCCCACCAAACGCAGAGUGCCCUCGGUCACCCGUAGAGGGGUUCUGGUCUUGCUGCACAGCUUCACGCCCUACCUCCUGGACAAGGUCCUGGUCUGCCUGGAGAAUGAGCUGCAGGCUGAGAGCAUCCAGGCCCCGGGAGGCCAGAGCAGGCCGCCCUCGCGCUGGAACCCAGCCGCCUGCCUGCGGGCCAGGAUCCACGGCGCAGUGGGGCUGCUGACAGAACCGCAGAAGAAAACCUUGCUCCCGGUCCUCUACGCUGUGCAGCAGGGGGUGACCAUCCUGCACAGGGUUCACGUGGCCCUCUUCUACAUCAGGGGUGCCUUCUACCACCUCGGGAAGAGAGCUGCAGGCGUCAGUUAUCUGCGUGUGCAUGGCGGGACCGGUGACGACCAGGCCAUCCGCGCCAGUUACCGCCUCCUGGGCCUGAUCUCCAUGCUCCAGCUGGGCCUCACGCUCGCUCUGCAGCUCAACAACUUCCGCCAGAAACAGAGAGCCAGGCAGGAGUGGAAACUCCACCGGAACCUUCCCUCCAGUGUGACGCCUGUGGAGGCCCCAGCCUCUCGAACCUCCCGCUGCAUCCUGUGCCUGGAGCAGAGGCGGCACUCCACCACCACCCCCUGUGGCCACCUGUUCUGCUGGGAGUGCAUCACAGAGUGGUGUAACACCAAGGCAGAGUGUCCCCUGUGUCGUGAGAAAUUCCAGCCUCAACGAUUGGUGUAUCUAAGAAACUACAAAUAGAUCAAGAGGAGGAACUGCUGGUAGCACAAUCGCAUGACUAGAACUGCUUUAAUCAAUUACAUAUUUAACCCAGUACAUGGGGAAGCCAGUGAAUGAAACUUUAGUUGCCAAUGGAAGUUGGACUGAUGCACUUUGUUAAGUUCAUUCAUUGCUCUGGAUGAACUGUCUGAGAAUACCUAUUCUUGCAGAGAGAUGCAGAAAGCCAAAACAAAUGUUCCUUUUUUGAGGGGAAAGAGUUAAAUUAUGUGAUGAAAUGCCAAUUCAUUGGAUAACUUGUGUAUGACAAAUAACUUUCAUUAAUUUGACAGUGAUUGUGUUUGUAAAUUCGAAGUUGGACUGCAUCAGUCCGUUUAACUGUCUGUUAAUUGAAACUGUAAUAAAUGUAUAAUUUCAAAAUA